GCGGCGCCCUAUUUCCUUUCCUCGCUGUAAAUGGGCAAGUGCGUGAGCUCCGGCAGAAAUCAAGUCAUCAACGGUCACAAACUUUAGUCACAAACAGCGUUUAACUUUCAUCUGUAGGCAAGCACUACACCAGCGGUUAAUAAAUUAGGCCUGGGUGCUGUUUCUGAAGCGCCUCGGCGUGUUUUAGUCGUUUGUUUGAGGCGUAAACAGUGUAAAAGAGGAGUUGUGGGUGGGUUUGACGGUUAUGGCAGCACCGCGACCCAUUAAAGGGAUUCUGAAGAACAAAUCCAGUAUCAAAGCCCGACCCGAAGAGCCAGUCCAGGACACGCCAGAACCAGGAGCCCCUAUAAACUCUGAAGACGACCAACAGAAGAAGUCACAGAAAUGGGAUGAAAUGAACAUUUUGGCCACAUAUCACCCUGCGGAUAAGGACUAUGGGCUGAUGAAGAUAGACGAGCCCAGCACGCCAUACCAUAGGAUGCUCGGCGAUGACGAGGAUGAAGGGGCGCUCAGCGAUUCGGACGGGAACACAGUCCUACCCGGAGAUGACCUCGCUAAGAAGCUGGCGGCAGCGGCGGAAGGUGCAGGAUCUCGCUUUAUGGAGGAGCCAGAGGAGGAGAGCAGUGAGGAAGAGGAGGAGGAGUUGAGUCCUGAGGAGCAAGCCAGAAAGAAGCAGUUUCAGAUGAUGAGGAAGAUGCAUUAUAAUGAAGGUAUGAACAUUAAGCUAGCCCGACAACUCAUCGCCAGUGAGCUGGAAGAAGAGGAAGAUGAGGAUGAAGAAAUGAAGGAUGACACAGAGACCGAGGACAUCACCGUUGACCCCCCACAAGAUGCUGAUUCCUUGGACUCAUAAGGAUGUUCAGAUUUGUCCGUCAGCUCCUGCCUUGUCCCGUGAACGUCUGGAAGGCGCAGCGUCGUCACUGGUUCAGCUCCAGGAUUCCCCUCCACCCCGUGUUUUCCACCAACACCGCAAUGCCACGCAUAUCAUCAUCCAGCUCCCUUAUUUGCCAAACGUUUAUUGUCAUCACACUAAGAAACGAGACUGUUAUCAAACCGUUCCAGGCCUGGACUCCACCCUCUUCCUGUGGCGAGAGCGUGGGAGGCCGCUGAGAAGUGUGCUUGUGUCCUACACCCCAUCACGACCAUCGACUUCCACAAUGAACCGUACGCUUUCUCUGACCCCCCAACUCGGCCGUUAUUGACAUUUAAAUAAUCUGAACAGGCAGGUGGUUUAGCAUGCACUGGUUAAGGGGGACUGAUGUGGUCUUGGGCUUUGACACACACACACACACACCGAGCUCUACUGUAUGCAUGGCUUCUGAAAACCAUGUUUAAUUACAUUGGCACUAAUCGUAUCUGCCCUGUGUAUGAUUAACAGGUGAGUAUUACUGAACUAGAUAGAAAACUACUGAUUAGUAGACUGAACCCUUCGGUUGUCUCUGUUGCUUUUCCGAAACUGCAAAAGCUUUAAUAGAUGCUAAACAGUUCUGACGGUUUUUGACUUGGCAUCCUUAUUGAGCUUUGUUUUGAUUGCCUUUUUUUCUAAACGCCAUUCUAAUGGGGUUUUUUCUUUCUGUGGUUUCUGAAGAAUAUAAUUAUCCUACAGUACCAAAUAAAAGAUCAAAUAAUUUUGAUAUAUUGACCAAGCAAUUUGACCUCUAAAAUUGCAAUUGUUAUUCUGGUGUAUUUAUCAAUUUAUAGUCAUGAAUACUCACACACAAUAUAUGUAGGUUGUAUUAAAAAAUGCUAAAUGGGUGAUACCACAAAACCUUACAAGAAUUUGUCUAGGUCAUAUUUGGCUCCAAAAUCAAAAGGAGGAAGUAUGUAUCAUUUAAUUACAUGCUUGUUACAGUAAUGCUAUAAAAAAAUCAAAAAUAUAUUCUGACUGUAAUGUAAAAAAAAUGUGACUCAAAUGCAAAAAAUAAUAUUAAUAUUAUAUUAAUAAUAUAAUAUUAAUUGACUAAUUAUCAAAAUUUUAAAAAAUAAUGGAAAUUAAAUAUUUGAAAACAAUUUAUUAUUAAAUUUAUUUACUUAACUUGUCCUUAAUUGUAAUUAAACAACCAGAUAAUAAACAGAUUUUUUUUCUUUAACUUAAAAUAAUGAAUUUCUUGACAAGUUUUGUGAAAUUCACCCGAAUGUCGACACAGCAUUGCUUUUUGGAAACGGUGCUUCAAAGCAACAGCGUUUUUGCCUGAAUGCAUUUUUGACCCUUUUCUUUCUCCCGUCUUUAUUCUCCCAUAAAGGCCGUACAAUCAUUAGUUUGAGAUCUGUGUUUUUGAGAUGUUCCCGUCUUUGCGAAUGUGUUUUCACACGGCCGGCCCUUGACUGAAUGAUGUCAGGAGAUGUGUUAAGUUCUUGCAGUCUCUCAAAAAUAGUGCUGGACACAUUGAACAUUAAAGCACUUAUUUCUAAAUUGGUUGACCUAUUUUUAAUGAAAAAGAUGAAAGGUCUGGUAUGAGUCCCGUCAGUCAUUGACAUGGAUUGCACACAUAUUUGACUCACGGUCAUGUCAAAUAUAGUUUAAUCCUACAUUUAUACAUUCUCAAGCACAAGUGCUUUGAUUUUAUUAUUAUGUUGAACUUACUUUUUCCAUGCGUUUUGAGUAAUUUGACCAUUUCUGUCCAUUUCAUUGAUCCUAGAGAUUUUUUGUUUUCCUGAAUAGAUGUGCAUGUUCUUCAAAUGAAAAUGUGCAUAUUUGUCAGUCAUUAAAAUGUUGGUAUGAA